AGAGAGAGAGAGAAUGAUUCUCUCUCCCGUGUGACAAACAGGCGCUCGUGAGGAUCUUGUCAGUAAACUAGAGGAGAUCUCAAACAUCACUGAUCUAUCCAGGAUAACUCUGGACAUCUUCAGGUUGUUUUUUCCCCUGUUAUUGAAAAGACGCUUUUCCAUCGCUGCAUGUGUCAAAGCCAAUGAGAGACGUGGAGUUCUGUGAUCAUUCUCACAUUGACGCGCACAUGAAGCGCUUUGACGCGGUUCUGGAUUUGGAGAGCGCGUGAGGAGUUCUGGAUCGGUGCGUGUCUGACCAUUAACACCAGCGCGCGCACGUUCUCUGGACCUGACACACUCAUGCAUUACAAAGAACGGAUGCCGGAGUCUUUGAAAUAAGAGGAACAAGCGAAGAGGAAAGACUGCGUUGAGGAUCGGACAGAGACAGCGAGAGAGGAAGGAAGACAAGGAAGACAAGUACUUUUGGAAUAGGAAAGGAAUACCAGGCCGAAAUAAUGGGGAGGAAAAAGAUUCAGAUUGCACGGAUAAUGGACGAACGCAACAGACAGGUUACGUUUACAAAGAGGAAGUUUGGACUAAUGAAGAAGGCCUACGAGCUGAGCGUUCUGUGCGACUGUGAGAUCGCCCUCAUCAUCUUCAACAGCACGAAUAAACUGUUCCAGUACGCCAGCACCGACAUGGACAAAGUUCUGCUUAAAUACACUGAGUACAACGAGCCCCAUGAGAGUCGGACGAAUUCGGACAUCGUGGAGACUCUGAGGAAGAAGGGUCUAAACGGCUGUGACAGUCCUGAUAUUGAUGCUGAAGAUUCAGGCCACAGUCCAGAAUCUGAGGACAAAUAUCGCAAAAUCAACGAGGACAUUGACCUGAUGAUCAGCAGGCAGAGACUGUGUGCCAUCCCCCAGUCUAAUUACGACAUGCCCGUCUCAAUCCCGGUGAGCAACCACAACAGCCUGAUCUACAGCCACCCAGGAGCGUCCCUGAACCCCAACCUGCUGCCGCUGGCCCACCCCUCCCUUCAGAGGAACAGCAUGUCCCCUGGAGUGACCCACCGGCCCCCGAGUGCAGGCAACACAGGUGGCCUCAUGGGUCCAGACCUCGGCAGCGGAGUGGGCACCAGUGCUGGAAACGGGUAUGGAAACCACCGCAACUCCCCUGGUCUGCUGGUCUCUCCGGGGAACAUGAGUAAGAACAUGCAGGCCAAGUCUCCUCCGUCCAUGAGCAUGAACAUGAGCAACCGCAAGCCGGACCUGCGCGUCCUGAUCCCCCCCGGAUCCAAGAACACCAUGCCCUCCAUCUCGGAGGAUGUUGACAUGUUGCUGAACCAGAGAAUAAACAACUCUCAGUCCGCCCAAUCGCUGAGCACACCAGUGGUGUCUGUAGCCACGCCCACUCUACCAGGACAGGGGAUGGGCGGUUACCCAUCAGCCCUCUCUACCUCAUACGGUACAGAAUAUUCUCUCAGCAGUGCAGACCUGUCCUCUCUGACCGGUUUUAACAGCUCGACUUCUCUUCAUCUUGGUUCCAUGACCGGCUGGCAGCAAAACAUGCAGCAUUCUGGUCUAGGACAUCUAGGGAACUGCGGCAGCACACAGUUAUGUCAGAGCUCCACCCUCUCGCUGCCGUCCAAUCAGAGCCUGCACAUCAAGUCGGAACCCGUGUCUCCUCCCCGGGACCGCGCGGGAGGCACCCCGGGGGGCUACGCCCAGCCCCUGCCCCCUCCCCUGGCCCAGCAGCAGGGUCACCUGCGUCAGGACUCGGGACGCUCCCCGGUGGACAGCCUGAGCAGCUGCGGCAGCUCGUACGAGGGCAGCGACCGCGAGGAUCACCGCUCCGACUUCCACUCGCCCCUGGGACUGCUGAGACCCUCUCAGGACGAGCGGCAGAGCCCCUCCGUCAAGCGCAUGCGUCUGUCCGAGGGCUGGGCCUCGUGAUCCCGCUUCUCCGUCCGGAGAGUUCGCUUUAGUAUUAUUAUAUUUGUUUCUGCGGAGUGUGAGUGCUACAUCAAGUAUUAAAAUUGAUAUAUAUAUAAGAUAAACGGGGGAGGGAGGGCGUGUUUGUGAUUUGGGGUUGGGGGCAAGGGACAUGCAUCGCUUGUGCCACGUGUGGGGAAAACGACAAAAAAAAAAAAAAUCUAUACAUGUAAUUUUACAUACGUGUGUAUGUAUGUAUACAAGCAUACAGGAUUAAAAAGAGAAGUCUGGUACUCUUGUUUGGUAAAGCUACUUUUUAGUUUCAGUAAUAUAUUAUGCAUAAUUAAACUAUUAAAGGAGGCAUUGACGUGUCUCAGGGCUUGUACAAGUAAUUUUCGGGGCCUUCACGCUCACGUCAAUGCACACUAACUUGCAAAUGUAUGUUAUCACAGACGUUGUUGUGUUGCAGGUUCAACGUAUUUAUGUAAAUAGAGAACGAUGAGGCUUUUGGGUAAACGGACCUGCCAGGAUUUGCAGGUUUAUUCGCGAUUGUCGGAGUGAUCGAGAAAGCCAUCACGCACCAUUUUAAGACUACACGGGCCCAGGGCUGAGGAACGGGAUCGGGAAGUGUUCCAAACACACAAAUUCUCUUGUAAAUGUUGUUGAUAUUUCAGAGCCGUGUUAACAACGUUCAAGUUCUCUGGGCCAUGUAUUGCCUGUCCCCGGUGGAAGAGAUGCACAAUACAUUUUGCUUAUAUUUUCAUAAAAAUGCAGAGCAUUUGUUGCUACCUGUUGACCACAUGAGUCAGAAUGUGAUUUCAAGCUUUGCCGAUGUUGAACAGAGAGGUAAAGCUGUGUGAGCUCCAAAAAUAAAGCCAUAUAAACUAUUUCAAUUAU